AUGAAGGUAUCUCGAAUAUGGAGGAUCUGGUGGGGAUGUUUGCCUGUUAGUUUACGGAUUCAGCGCCAAACAUUUGAGAUAAGUGUAGAGGAUCACACCUAUCCAGCCAGCCGCCCCCAACCACACCCAGCCACACCCAACCACUCACCUAGCAACCCAGCUACACCCAGCUACCCAGCCACACCCAAUUACCCAACCCCAAGCAGCCAGCCACACCUAACCACCCAGCCACCUACCCGCCUACCCACCCACCCAGCCACUCUCAACCACAAUCACCCAGCCACACCCAAUCAGUCACCCAACCACUCACCCACACUCAACUACCUACCUAGCCAUCGAGCCACACCCGACCAGCCGCCCAACCACCCAGCCACACCUGCCUAG